AUGCGACGCGGGGUGAACGUCAGAUUGGAGGUUUGGAGGCAAACCCUGGAGUCGAAAGAUUUCAGAUUGAGUAGGAUUAAGACAAAGUACAUAGAGUGCAAGUUCAAUACGGUGACGAGUGACGAUGACGUGGAAGUGAGGCUGAAUACACAAGUCAUCCCAAGGAGAGAGAAUUUCAAGUACCAAGGGGCUAUAAUCCAAAGUAAUGGGGAGAUUAACGCGGAUGUCACAUAUCGUAUUGGAGUAAGAGUGUUGGCCAGUCAAGAACUCUCAUGUCUAAAAGAUGAGAGUUGCGGAAAUGAGGAUGUUGAGAUGGAUGUGUGGGCUUACUAG